AUGCUGCUCAACUCCUUUCUCUCUUCACAUCGUAAGCUCUGCUUGCCUGGUGAUAGCAGGAGCAACUCUGCAAGGCUUUGCUGUGCUCAGCAGACUGCAGUUUGCUGCAAAUGCAAAACUGAAAUCUUUGUACCACCCACUUACAAUCCAAGGGGCGUCUGUGUCUUCUUGCCUUCUGUUUCUGGCUUUUCCAAACCUCUUUCCUCAAAACGAAGGUUUGUUCUGCUUCUGGCAAUGCAUCCUGAGAGGUGGCAGUGUUGGCGUUACCCUGCUUUCUAUGUGUGGGCAUUUGUGUUCACACCCUUGAUUAAAGCUGUCACAGCCUGUGAAUCAGAAGAACGACUAUUUCAUAAACUCUUCUCCCACUACAACCAGUUCAUCAGGCCAGUGGAAAAUGUAUCUGAUCCUGUCACAGUGCAUUUUGAAGUGGCCAUUACCCAGCUUACAAAUGUGGAUGAAGUUAAUCAGAUUAUGGAAACCAAUUUGUGGCUGAGACAUAUUUGGAAUGACUACAAAUUGCAAUGGGAUCCCAAAGAAUAUGACGGCAUUGAAUUCGUUCGGGUACCAGCAGAUAAAAUUUGGAAGCCAGAUAUUGUCUUGUACAACAAUGCUGUGGGAGAUUUUCAAGUUGAAGGCAAGACCAAAGCCCUCCUUCGCUAUGAUGGAAUGAUCACCUGGACCCCACCAGCUAUUUUUAAAAGCUCCUGUCCUAUGGAUAUCACCUUUUUCCCAUUUGAUCAUCAGAACUGUUCAUUGAAAUUUGGUUCAUGGACCUAUGACAAAGCCAAAAUUGAUCUUCUGAUCAUUGGCUCCAAAGUUGAUAUGAAUGACUUUUGGGAAAAUAGUGAAUGGGAAAUAGUUGAUGCUUCUGGCUACAAACAUGACAUCAAAUAUAACUGCUGUGAAGAGAUCUACACAGAUAUAACAUACUCCUUUUAUAUCCGAAGGCUGCCAAUGUUUUACACCAUAAAUCUAAUCAUUCCCUGUCUCUUCAUCUCAUUCCUAACUGUGUUAGUUUUUUACCUGCCAUCUGACUGUGGUGAGAAAGUGACUCUUUGUAUCUCUGUGCUACUUUCUUUGACUGUGUUUUUACUGGUGAUCACAGAAACAAUCCCAUCUACCUCUUUAGUAAUUCCUCUCGUAGGUGAAUAUUUGCUGUUCACCAUGAUAUUUGUGACUCUGUCAAUUGUCAUCACAGUGUUUGUCCUGAAUAUACAUUACAGAACCCCAACCACACACACAAUGCCCAAAUGGGUAAAAACUGUCUUUCUUAGCCUGCUCCCAAAAGUCCUACUCAUGCAGAGGCCUCUAGAACAGCAGAAAAAACACACAUCUACAAAGAGCAAGAAAGGAUCAACCAAUAAGUCAGGCAAGUCAAAGCACAGCAAACACAGAGAUGCCAAAUCACAGAAGGAGCAGCGAUGCGGUCACUGUGAUAGAGCAGCAGAACUCAAUACCAUCAAAAGCAAGCAACUAAGCCACCAGUCACUGAAAUGGACAGCAGAGCAUGUGGACUACUCCCCAGAAGUGAAAGAUGUCAUUAGCAGCAUUCAGUUCAUUGCAGAGAACAUGAAGUCUCAAAAUGAAACCAAAGAGGUGGAAGAUGAUUGGAAAUAUGUAGCUAUGGUGAUAGACAGAGUAUUUCUCUGGGUAUUCAUAAUCCUAUGUGUGUUUGGAACUGCAGGGCUCUUUCUCCAGCCACUAAUAGCAGCCAUACAACCCUGAUCCACUCCUUUGUACCCAUUUUUGUUUUAUUUGCUUUUUAAUUCAGAACUCUUUCCUACAUUUCUGUCCUCUUAUACCACCCCUCUGCUUACCCCUCCUCAGCACCCACCCGCAAAGGGAAGGAGAGAAGGGGACGGUUCUCUGGGAAAGCAAACACAAAAUAUCAUAAGAAGAAGACUAAAAAUUGGAGAUGAGGGUGUGGUCUUUUUAAGACAGGACUGCUGGGAUUUUGAUAGUGUUUAUCUGACUUUCCCUCAGUGAGAUGAGCAAUAAUAAGACCACUGACCAAAGGAGGCCACUAACCAAACCUAAUGAGUUUUUCACUUACCCUCAUACCAGAGAGAUACUAGGAUAGUUAGCCCUUUUGAGUGCCUUGACCAGAAACAGCUCUACCUGGCUUUGUUUUUUUCUGCUUGCCAUAACUCUUCCUGAGCUUUAAGUUAAUU